CUGACAACACGACUAAAAACGUCAAAUAACUCAAAAAUGGCUGACGGAGGUCCUAGUAAAAGUGAUAUUGAAGCUGUUUUUCAAAGAUUACGUUCAAUUCCAGCCAAUAAAGUAUGUUUCGACUGCAACGCAAAGAACCCUACGUGGUCGUCGGUGACGUACGGAGUGUUCAUCUGCUUGGACUGCUCCGCGGUACACCGGAGUCUGGGAGUUCACCUCACCUUCGUUCGUUCCACACAACUUGACACCAACUGGACAUGGAAGCAGCUGAGAAACAUGCAGCUAGGCGGGAAUGUCAAUGCGACGCAGUAUUUCCGCACUCAUGGGCUGGUGACGGAUGACGCUCGUCAGAAGUACAAUUCACGCGUUGCACAAAUGUACAAAGAUAAAUUAAGUGCGCUGUCGGAGCAGGCGAUGAAAACAUAUGGCACUAAAUUGCACAUAGAUGCAGCAUCUGCAGAAGUAAAGGAGAGCAAAGAGAACAAGGAGGUAGAUUGGUUUGCAGAGCAUGGUGAUGCCCCCACUAACUCUGACACCAGCCAGAUAAAUCCAGUAGUAUCUCCGGUAAACAGCAGUCUUAGUGAGGACGCCAGGCUGUGGGGUAUGAGCGAGCCCAGCACAAACUCUGCUACAACCAACAAACCUGCUGCAAGACAACCUGCCAGAAGGACAACUCUUGGAGCUCGCAAAGGUGGCUUGGGGGCGCAGAAAGUGACUGCUAACUUCGAUGACAUUGAGAAAGAAGCCCUCAUGGCUGAGAAACUAAAAAUGGAGUCGGCGAGCGCGGCCCGCUCGGUGACGGCGGAGGAGGUGGCGGAGUGCGUGGCGUCGCUGCGGCUGCAGGACCGCUCGCACCCGCGCCGCGACGACGAGCGGCUCGGCAUGGCCGCCGCGCGCGAGCACAGGGGCGGCGUGUCGCACAGCGCGACGCACGCGAUGCAGAGCAUCGAGCAGGAGGACGGGCCGCCCGCGCCGCAGCACGACAUCGACGACUUCGCCGCCGCCUUCACCUGCAUACGAAAUGAGCCAUUCCUAAACCGUUCCCUAGACCUGGGCACUCCCACGAGCGCGGCCAACGACGGCUGGGAAACCAUCGAACCCGAACCGGCCCGGCCAGUGCGCUCCAUGUUCAGCGCUGAGCCCAGAGACACCAAGGACUCGAAGGACUACAGAGACAUGCGGGGCUCCAACUCGAGGGACUACGGCAGUCCGGCGAGCCACGCGCGCAGAAACAGAAGGCAGGCGGAUGAUGAUGAUUCCGCAGUCAAGAAGUUCGGUUCAGCCAAGUCUAUCAGCUCGGCUCAGUUCUUUGGAGAUCAGGUUAGUGCGAGACCCUUUCCUAUACUUCAGAAUAAGGUUAUUUUCUUCCAUUUAUAUCAGACAAUACUCGGUCUUAUGCAAUCUUAUUUGUUUAUAAUAAGUUUCAUGUAUGUAUGUAUGUUUAAUGUAUGUAAGGUCCGCGAGUCGGUCCGGCUGGGCGUGACGCGCGUGGCGGGGCGCCUGUCCUCGCUCGCCAACGGCGUGGUGUCCUCCAUACAAGAGAAGUACGGCUACUGAUCCCCCGCGCCCCCCGGGGCGGGGGCUCAACAGCCCCACACGGGCGCGGAGCCCCAACAGUCCCUCUCGGGGACCGGGCCCCGUGAGCCCCAGACGGACUAUAUAACACUAACGCACUAGUUCACGCCUUUUGUCUAAGGCUGGUUUUGUAAAAUUUUCAAAAUUCAUUUAUAGUGGUUUAAAGUUUAAAUUGAAAAUAGAACAAUGUUAUCACUUAAUAAAUCGUAAACUAGUGUCACUGGGUUUGUUUAAUUGUUCGUGAGACGGAUGUUGCUAAUGUCCAGUAUUUAUUCGUCUAGAGUUUGACGCUCAGCAAAAUAUAUGACAAGCCCCUCAACAUUGCGGGCUUUAUAGCUUUUGUUACCCAGCCAGCUAGCAAAACUGCUUAUUUAGUCUUUUCCCAUAUUUCGACUGUGUAUUUGUAAAUAGUAAAUUUUAUAGCUUGUUAAACCUUGACACGACUUACAAUAAAUUAAUGUCCUAUGUCCA